AUGCUACAACAGAGAUGCAGUCGUUUGGAGUCCAUGCUGAAAGCGUUGUAUCCCCAGGUCAACCUCGACGACUAUGUGGGACCUCCUAUCGAUCACGAAGACUUUGAUCUUCGAUCUUAUCAAGAACAGCUUCGCGCCCUCUCCAUCCCCGAAUUCCCCACCAUAAAGCCUCUUCCUCCAUCCCGUAUACCCUCUCACAGCCCUAUAACCCCAUCGUCUCUGGACAGCACAGAGCAGCUCGAAGAAUCGGAUGAAGAAGACAUCCCAGUGACCAAAAGCGUAGCCCGAGGAUACGCACUGAAUGGGAUGGAGAUUGGCGGAGUGGGAUGGAGACAUCAUGGCAAAACAUCGGGUGCUCAUCUGCUGUGCCACUACCAAGAAAUCAAAGGGCACACCCACGGGAACGUGGACUUUUUCGAGUCACUCGGACGACACAGAACCGAGCCACUGUGGCGUAUCCCAGAAUGGGAAUAUUCUGUCACCGAGGCGGGAUUACAUCCGUUGGAUUACUCUGACUGGCCUGACCAGGGGCUGGAUCAGCAGCUCAUCGGUGCUUACUUUGAUCAUGUCAACAUCAAUCUUCCCCUUCUCAAUUGGGCACUUUUCCAGCGCGAGUACGACGCAGGGCUAUGGAAGACCAAUCACAGAUUCGGCAGAGUCUGCCUCUUGAUAUUCGCAUGUGGAUCUUUGUUCUUCAAGACUCCCGCAACCUUAUGGCCGUCACCACCCUCGCAUGAAAAUGACCCGAUACGGCUGUCAUAUUCUUCCGGUUGGAAGUACCUCUUGAUGGCCCUUAAUAUGGGGGAGAAUAGCGUGCGGAUGCCAGAUCUGUAUCAACUUCAGAGCCAGACUCUGAUAUGCUACUUUAUGCAGGCUGGUACUCUGCCUCAUUUCAUAGCGGCAGGAGCCGGCUCUGCUCUGCGUUCCACGCAGGAGCUCGGCAUACACCUCAAACAGGUGCUCGAUAAGCUCGACCCCACCACAAAGGAGCUCUACAAGCGAGCCUUCUGGUGUCUGUAUCAUUUGGACCGGUAUAACUCUGCCACGCUAGGGCGAUCGGUUGCUAUGACGGAGAGAGACUUCAACGUCCCUUUUCCGGAAGACGUCGAUGAUGAAUACUGGGUAUUGGAGGGUGGUGGCGUAAUGAGGCAACCCGAAGGAAAGGUUUCAAAAGUGGCGGCGUUCAUUCAAAUGCUCAAGCUUGAUCAGAUACUGGGGAAGGUACUCGGCCAGCUGUACCCGGCCAGGAAAGCCGACUCUGAUACAGCCAAUAGGCGAGCUGUUGCUGUCGAGCUAGAUCUUGCCCUUGCCGAAUGGGCGAAGAACGUCCCAAGCGUUCUGCGCUGGGACCCCGAUCACUCCAACUACACUCUUCUCCAACAAACCUCUUGUAUCUGGGGCUUCCAUUGGUUCAUCAAAAUCCUAUUGCACCGGAAUCUGAUACCCCCUCGACCAAACGUCGCAACUAUUGAUCAGAUAUCGUCUUUGGCCGAAUGCGUCGCGGCAGCUCUGUCAAUAUCCAGUAUCACCAGCGCCACUCUCCAACGCGGCCGACUGGAAGGUUGCCAGCCAGGGAAAUCCCUUGACAUCUUCCUCAUGGUCCCCUCCUGGCUGGCAGCUACCGUUCUCUUGGUCAGCAUCUAUACGAUGAACAACACUGCUACCGAAAGACAGAGGGCAGUGAACGGUAUCAAGAUGUCCUUGGAAGCCAGUAAAGAAUUGGGUGCGCUGUGGAAAUUGGCUGCCAAGACAGGUGAUUUUCUGGAGCAGUAUCUCAGAGAUAUCGAAAACCACAAUGGGGACAAGUCGAGCCGAUCCGAUACUGUACCAAACCCUACCAAGUUGGUGGCCUACGCUACUUCUCAGUGGUCCGCGUCGAGUCCCGAUAGCGAGGAAGUAUCUCAGAGGGGCCUUUUCAACUCCUGGUUGAAAAUGAAUAUGUUUGAGGCUCAGAUAGCAGGUAUGAACAACAUGUCAUUGGGCAAUGGCGAGGAGACCUUUGGCGAAGAAUGGUGGGAGCGGAUGUUGAGCAACCAAAUGUGA